CGCCGCCGCCGCCACCGCCCCGCGCGGCCGCGCUUCCCGGUGUUUUCCGGCGUCAGGCGUCCCUGCCGCGCCGCCCGCAGCUCGGGCCCGCCUGCGCGGAAACGCGGGAGGAAGCGCGGCGCGGCGAGCGUCGAGCUCGCAGCCGCCUUCAACACGUCCCGCUGCCACGCGUGGCCUCUCGUCGUAGGCUGCAGGCGCAGGACCGCGGUGCUUGCGGGACGGCUGGGCAGCCGGCACUGAAAAAGCCGUACAGGCGUUCGUCCCCCGGCUGGGAAGAGGGUCCCGCUUAGCCUCCGUCUUUCCCGGAGGAUGCGGAAGGCACGGCCAUGGAAAAGAAACCGCAUUUCGUUAGGAGGGAGUUUCUUCCCAGAGAGGUGCCAUCCAUCUCGCUGGCGUUACUGCUUGCGGCCGUCCUGCUCCUUAAUGCCCUUCUCUACCUGUACCUCAACAAGUUUUCCAGCUCUCUGGGACGAGUCGAAACGGACUCUGGCCUCUGCCCUUUUGGGCAUUUCAAAUUCGGAGCGGUGAAGAAUUGUUCCCCGUGGCUUUCCUGCGAGGCCAUAAAUCGGGAAGUCAGGAAACUCAAGUGUGUUGGUGAAGGUGCUGUGAAAAAGGUCUUCCUUUCUGAGUGGAAGGAAAAGAAAGUGGUCCUUUCACAGCUCACCAACUCAGAGCUGAAGGAGGACUUUCUCCAUGGACUGAAGAUGCUGAAAGCCCUUCAGAGCAAGCAUGUUGUCCGGCUGCUUGGCUACUGUGAGCAGCAGUUCACAAUCCUCACUGAGUACCAUCCUCUUGGUUCACUGAGAGGCCUGAAUGAAACUCUCCACAUUCCCAAAUACAAGGGCAUGAACACCUGGCAUCGCAGGCUGAUGCUUGCUAUAGACUACGUGAGUGUCAUUCGGUACCUGCACAGCAGCCCCCUGGGCACCUUAGUGAUGUGUGACUCGAAUGACCUGGACAAGGUUCUCUCCCAGUAUCUCCUGACAAGUGACUUUCACAUUCUGGUGAAUGAUUUGGAUGCUUUGCCUCUUGUGAACAGGAGUGCUGGCAAGCUGGUGAAGUGUGGUCACAGGGAGCUCCGGGGUGAGUUUGUAGCUCCUGAGCAGCGUUGGCCCUAUGGAGAAGAUGUGCCAUUCGAAGAUGACCUCAUGCCUCCCUACGAUGAGAAAACAGACAUCUGGAAAAUCCCAGAUGUCUCCAAUUUUUUAUUGGGCCAUGUUGAAGGAAGUGACAUUGUACGACUGCAUCUGUUUGACAUCCAUGCAGCGUGCAAGAAGAAGGACCCGGCAGAACGGCCUUCUGCCCAAGAGGUCUUAGACACCUACAGGAAAGUUUUAACUCUGCUUAUUCGGGAGGCAGCCAUGCCUGGUACUAGAGAAAUGUUAUAGUGAAUCACCAGGCAAACAACGUACUGAUGUUUUAAGUUGAUGUCCUUCCUAUUUAAAUAGCUUGCCUGAUGGGCAAAAUCUCUGUCCCCAAAACUGAGAAGAAAAGAACAGCUGAACUUGUACCUCUUGAUUAAAAGAAAAAAAAUCCCCCCAGUCUAAAAGCUGUGCAAGCUUUCCAUUGGCAUGUUCAAUCUAGCAUUGAAAGAGGAGAAGGGAGAGAAAGGAAGUUGUGUGGGUGCUGGGGAAAUUUGUUCCUUAAGAAGUGAUAAAUUUUCUUUUGCAACAUUUACACAAAAAAUAUCUCAAAAAUUAGAGAAAAACAGGUAAAAAAUACCGGUCUGCCUUAACUUGUUAGUGAAGACUGGAGAGCAGAGACCAUGGCAUGCCCCACACAAGCUUUGUGCUGAUUGCUGUGGCUUUGGCCUAUGUUGCAUCCACAAAGCCCUCAUCUACUUUCCCACGUAGUAAAAGCCAUGGUCACUCAGAAAGGAGUACCCCAUUUCACUUCAGGUUUUGGUGAGCCCCACUGCCCGAGCUGCAGUGGCAGAAUCUCCCUGCUGGCUGGGGCAUAGGUUAUUUUUGGAGCCGUAUGGCUGUUGCUCUGUGGGCCCCGUAUCCCACACCAGCAAGUGUGUGGCCACUUAUGGAAGCAAGAAGAUGAUGCAGAUUCUGGAGAGUCUGCUUACAGACACAGGUUCUUGGUUUUCAAGCCUUUGUCCUGUGGUAUUCACAGAUAAGCUCUUUAGAAAUGAAGCUGUCAAAUGCAAGUCUCUUGCUCCUUUGUAAUCCACAGAAAUGCUGAACACUUUGGAAGAGAGCUGAAGUGUUUCUCUUUUUUUCAUUCACUUAUGCUGGCUUAGUGUCUUCAUGAUUUGAUGGAACAAGGAACUGAAAGAGAAUGUGUCUUCCACAGGAGUGAGCAUUAAACACAAUCUUUGGAAAAGAAAAUUCCUGUAUUCAGAGCAUACAACUCUACUGGGCCUGAAUUCAAAGUCCACUAAGCAUAGAGGAAGGCUGCUAAAAAGUAACCUUGUUUAGUGUGUUAGGAAAAAGCUUGAGGUAACCUACAUGGAUAUAACAGCCUGAUACCAACAGCUAGAGAGGAAGAACAAUGAUGCCUUAAUCCAGCAAUAGGCUGUGUUUGGUGGGACUGGGAUCCAGCAUGUAGUUCUCUUGGUGAAAAAACAGGAAUAAUAUGAAUGAGAAACAUGGACUCCAUCAUUGUCCACCUGAGGACUUUCUGUGCUGUAGACUAAAUCUUUGAAAGGCCUAAGAGACAACUUCCAUGUUGUGACCUGAGACGUGAUUUGUAAGCAGAGAAGUACACUGUCCUUUUUGCUCCUUUUUGAAGACUUUGGUUUUGUUCUUUUCUGUGCUGGGAUUCCUCUUCACAUAAACCAGCCAUGUUCUGACUGCGUUGAGAUCAUGCAGUCAUUUCAUAAUAUGUA